AUGACGGUAUCCUCAGACUCCUUCGGACGUGAUAGCUCCACCAACAGGGCCUUGGAAGCAUCCGACGCUACAACUUACAGCAUCUAUGCUAGCUCUGCCGGCAAAAGUCCUGGAGAAAAUGUUCAAGUUCUGGCAUCAGGAAGCAACUUGGAUAAGUUUGUGGCAGGCUUAAAUCCCGACAAAGUCAUCAUGUUAUCAAACACGCCAGACCCGACGGCCAAUUUCCACGAUGCUGAUGAAACCAUUUCAUGGUUUCAGAACCUUGAUGGUGACGCUACUGGCUCCGUCACUGUCGAAAAGUCACCGGCAAAGAACAUUGAAAGCUUCCAGUUCUCCCUGUCUCAACCCUGGCCGCUUGUCUUUAGCUCUGCCAGUGAUGUUUUGCUCUUCACAUUCGGCUCAACCAGUCUUAUCGGCGGCGAUGCGACAGGAUCUCGCAUUGAAUCGCCUGGCAUUGACCCUACCGGCAACAUGCUUACUUGUGGUCUUGACUUUGCCCAGAUGAAAGAUAUCACGGGAGUCGCUGUAAAAGACGUUUUCAAGCAGGCAAAUCAGGGCGGCAUGACUGAAUACAUCCCACUUGCUAUCCUCAACCUCGAGGUGACGCUGAACAAGCCAGACGCUGAUGCAGCACCGAGAAGGAACGCUCUGUGGUUCGUCCCAUCAGCGGAUAAACGGCUUGAGACUCGCCUGCAGUUCCAGUUGUCACAGUUUGAGGCCUUGCAGGAUCUGUUCUCAAUUGCCCUGAAGGGCCUGGUGAUUGAGAGCGCAGAUGUCGUAUACAAGAGCAAAAUGCUAUUGGCCGUGACAGAAAAUGGCGAGGAGCCUCUCUUCGAUGGUCAAGUGACGUUUAGCAUCGAGUGCUCCCUCAAUAGUGCUGGAGGCACAGUUUCGAUGCUCGCCGGCGUUCAAUUCACUGCUACCACGAUUGACUUUACCUUCAUGUUCCUCUCCCCAGAUCCACUUGCCGGAAUACUGAGCUGGCUGGCUGGGCUUGCAGAUGAUGACGAUGUUGAGACGGUUGUCAAUGAACUUCUUAACAAAGAAGAAGGCGGAACAAAGGUUCUGCCGGCCGCAAAUUUACGAAGACUGCGUAUCGGGCUCGAUACAAGGAAAGAUCCGCAGAAUCCCAGACUCGGUUCCUUUUCUUUCGACAUCGAGGUCUCUGCAAACUUUGGCCGUGGGGAAAGCGCUGAUACUCCUGUCUUCCUGAUCACUUACAAUUGGGAUCGAUCUAUCGGUACUUAUGGUACUCUGUCUGGACAACUAUGGAACGACUUUGACACAUCCGAUGACCUGGACUUGGAACCAGAGGGAGAGAAGUGGGCUAUUCUGAAGCCCUUGACAACUUCCCCUGCGUCUUCUAUCGACAUUGCCACUCUGAUCCCUGGCCAGACGGUGGUCGAUAUCCCAGACACCCUGCCUUCCCAGAUAACCGUUGCUUCCAUUGAGUUAUCGCAGGAAUCGUUCGCCCUUCGCUGUGCGGCUACCGCAAAUCCGCCAUCUCCAGGCUCGGCCCCUCAACCUUAUCUUGGCGAGGUUGUUCUCGCCGCCUACUUUAACUGGGGCAGCAGUUCAGGCUUCACCUUUGACGUUGGGAUAUCCGUCCUGAUCGACCCUCCAGAGGAUUCUGAGUUCGACCUCCCAGCAGCUUUUGUUGGAACUCUCGGCUACGAUUCCGCUAAUAAGUCUUGGGAGCUCACAGCUUCCAUUAAUGGAUUGUAUGCGGCUGUGCUAGCUGAGUUCUUCCACGAUGAUGACAAAAAUCACGUUGGACCGCUUAUCAAAUCAAUUGCCAUUAACACCUUGUCUGUUGAGUACACAUAUGAGAGGCAGAGCGGAAAUAGUUCCAAAUCCGUGGGCAGUAGGUUUGCUAUCUCUGGCGACCUGGUCAUUGCGGGGUUGAGAUUGAAUCUCGACUUCACCUACACGUCUAAUGGCUUUGUCUUCUCCGCGGCACUCAACCCAGCUGAGAGGAAUGCCACGAUCGGAGACAUCCUGACAGAUCUUCUUGGUUCUUCAUUUGAUAUACCAGAUUUCGUCUACGACACCUUGAUAGUCGGUGACAACGAGGACGCAUUCCGUAUCAACAUCCAGAAGAUGAAAGACGCUUCCAACAUCGAGUCAUUCCAAUUCCUUGCCAAUCUCAACAUUGGGCAUCUCCAAUUCCUGUUCUCCCAGCUCCACAGCACCAAAUGGGGCCCCAAAGAUCCUUCAAAGCGACUGUUCAAAGCAGCUAUCAAUGGCUUCGGCACCAUGGAGCUUGAAAUUCCUCUCGUCGGUACGUUGUCGCAGCCACUCGAUGAGCUUUACUUCCUCUUCGCCCAGGAUCCCAAACCGCCAAGAGCCCCAGGACAGCUUACAGGGCUCACCCGAGAGGAUAUCGAUCAACUCAACAACGGCGUUUUGCAGAACGAUCAGUUGCUUGUUGCUGAUAAGAUCAAGCCUGACAAGGUACAGCCAUCAGACCUUCUGGUGCCAUCUGGAUGUCACUUCGCUGUCAUUAUUCGAAACGUGGCAAAGGGUGAUCGUGUUUGUCUACUCAGCUACGGCUUCAUGAAACCUCAGCCCUCGUCCUCUCAAGCGCUGGUCCCUGGUACUGCGCGAAAGGGUAGAAGACGCACCGAGGAUGAAAUGGACGAUGGAGGUCCCAGUGCCCAAGCGCCAUUCAAAAAGGCCGCAGGGCCGGUGGCCAUCAGCAACGUUGGUCUAAAGUACAAGGCUAAGACUUUGUCAAUCGUCUUUGACGCCACCUUCCAGCUUGGACCGAUUGGAUUCUCUCUUCUUGGCUUCAGCCUCAACACCAGAUUCAAGACACUCGACGAGCUGCCAAGUAUCAGUGUCAACAUCGACGGUUUGGCAGCAUCCUUUGAUAAACGUCCAUUGACAAUCGCUGGUAUCAUCGUCCAUGGCAAUGACGGCACCAUGGAUUACUAUGCUGGUGGCCUAAUCAUCGGUUUCCGUCCCUAUCAGUUCCAAGCAGCCGGCUUCUACGGCGUCAUCACUCUCAAGAACAGCAGCAAUAGCUUCCAGAGCGUCUUCGUAUUUGCAAAGCUCAACGGCCCGCUCAUGACGCUCGCUUUUGCUGAAAUCAGCGGAAUCUGCGGUGGGUUUGGCUACAACAGCAGCGUUCGCUUGCCUUCUGUAGACCAAGUGUCGGAUUUCCCCUUCAUCAACAGCGGUCGACUCAGCAACAAUGAAAAUGCGCAGCAAGUACUUGUAGAGCUUGUAGAACCCUCAGGCGGCGGAUGGUUUCAGCCACUUGACAGCACGUACUGGGGUGCCAUCGGCAUGAGACUCUCUGCGUUCCGUAUGCUGAGCGUUGAUGCAGUGGUUGCAGUUCAGUUUGGUGACUCGGUUAAGCUGGGCAUCUUCGCAGCAGCGGUUUGCGAUAUUCCGUCUUCUAAUUCACGACUUAAGCUGGCCCAUGCCGAAUUGGGCAUCGCAGCUGUCUUGGAUUUCGACUAUGGCUUCCUUAAGGUUGAGGCGCAGCUGUCACCUCGCUCUUAUAUCCUUAGUCCUAACUGUCAUCUUACUGGCGGAUUUGCUCUCUGCUACUGGUUUGAUGCACCUCUCGCUGAUAGGGCCAGGAUAGGAGACUUUGUCUUCAGUUUGGGCGGGUAUCACCAAGCUUUCCACGUACCUGUUGGUUAUCCUAACCCGCCUCGGCUAGGUAUUAGCUGGGACUUGGGCGGUGGCUUGUCAAUCUCUGGAGAAGCAUAUUUUGCCAUCACUACCAAGGCAUGCAUGGCUGGAGGCCGUCUCCAUGCUGCGUUUAAAGCAGGACCUCUCUCUGCCUGGUUUGACGCCUUUGCCAAUUUCCUUAUCAAUUACCGACCCUUUUACUUUGACAUGUCAGCUGGUGUCUCUGUCGGAGUGGGAUUCAGCAUCGACUUCUGGUUCAUCCAUAUUCGCAUUUCAGUCCAGAUUGGUGCCGAGCUGUACCUCUGGGGCCCACCUGUUGCCGGCCGCGUACAUGUUGACUUCUGGAUCGUCGCUUUCGAUAUCAAUUUUGGCGAUCAUCAUCCCAAGGUCGAACCUGUCAGCCUGUCCGAGUUCUACGAACUUGUUCUUCAGGACUCCCCGGCAUCAUCUUUCGCGUCUGCCGCUGCCCUGAUUACAGGGGAACAGCAACAGCAACCCAUUACAGCGUCGACAUUAACGAGACCCAAGAAUGAAGCACAUAACUUCCUUGCUGAGUCUGGAUUGUUAAACCCCGAUGACAAACCAGAGCGGGGACAGGAAGAUCCUUGGACUGUCCGGGCUGGUACAUUUGUUUUUGUUGCGGAAUGCAAGAUGGCCAUAAGUUCUGUCAAGACAAGUGAUGGCAGUGCUCCAAUCUUCGAAGGCAGUGACGUUUUCAGUAAGCCAAUGGGACUGACAACACCUAUGACUUCGACCCUGCAGAUUCAAGUAAUCCAUGAGGAUGGAAGCAAUCCCGGAGAGGAUUGGCAAUUUGAGAGGUAUAUCCAGAUGCUUCCGAGCGCUCUAUGGGCAAGAUAUGACCGACGAACUGAUCCGCGCCAGAGUGGAAACAACGUUGGUGAUUUACUCAAUAACAGUGACGGCAGCCCUCCUCUCAUGACAGGCGUGAGGGUCACUGCACCCAAGCCAACCAUGUCCCCCGAUCCAUUCCCAGCCUACAAGGUUGCGGAUGCCGACCUCCAAGAGCUAACUGCAGUUCGCAAUCUCCCUGAUGUGGUUACUGCUGAGGAUGCGUGGGCUCCAGUCAAGCCAAACGAUAAUUUCAAGCAGCAAUAUGAAGAUAUUCACGAGGCUUGGGUAAAUCCUUCGCUGGAGGAACAGGGACAGCAGGACUUCGUAGGUACCUUGGCCCAAGGAUUGGGAUGGAGUGAUGUGGGUCAGCUGAAGAGCCUUGCUGGAAUUCCGGAGAGGUUGAAGAGGGGCUUUAUGAGUAUGUAUGUUGCGUCUCCAUUGCUGACUUCCUGA